AUGUUGGAGUUGCUGGGCCUGCAAUCCAUCCGGCAGUACCGAGCCUUGCGCAGUCAGGUUGCUGCGCAUGUUGCCACGGGCAAAGUCAUUAACCACUCCACCGAGAAGGUCAGCGUUUUCGACCAAUCCGAUCCUUCCCUGACUAGCAGCGUCAGCACUGGGAAUCUCAAACGCGACGGCGAUGAUGAGAAGGAGGAUCCUAUCCUCGUCGGCUGGGAGGGUCCCAUUGACCCUCUCAACCCCCGGCAUUGGUCGUUGACUUACAGAUGCGCCAUCUUUGCCAUCCUGUGGAUCAAUGUAUUUGCUGUCGACUGGGCUUCUUCUUGCGACUCACAGGUGUCCACGGAGAUUGAGAAGGCGUUUCAUGUCAGCGACACGCUCGAGACGUUAUCCCCGAGUCUCUACACAUUUGGUCUGGCAGUCGGAAGUCUCUUUGCAGGCCCUACAUCCGAAACCACCGGCCGUCUUCCCGUCUACGUGGUGUCAAGAUGUUUGCACGUCUGCUGGCUCAUCGGCGUCGCACUGUCUCCCAACUUUACCGCCCAAGCCAUCUUUAGGAGUCUCGCUGGGCUGUCCGGAAGCAUCCUCCUCGCCAUCCACGCUGCAUCUACUGCAGACCUCUUCGGUCCCGUGUACCGGACCUAUGCCUGGCCCGUCAUCGCACUUGCCAGCUUUUGGGGAACAGCUCUGUCGCCCGUGGUCGGAGCCUGGAUCGCCGCUACGGGGACCUGGUGGCGAUGGACCGAGUGGAUUGCCGUGCUAUUGUCUGGAUCUACCCUCAUUCUGACUCUCUUGUUCCUCCCGGAGACCUUCUCCCCAAUCCUAUUGUCUUGGAGGGCGAAGCACCUUCGAGAUCUGACCGGCUGUCCGCGUUUUCAAAGCGAGCUCGACUUGCAAAAGACCUUCAGCGCAAGGCUCAAAGUCGCCCUCCUGCGCGCCCUGCACAUGAUCACGCGCGAGCCCAUCGUCGUCCUGCUAGGCGGCUGGCUCGUGCUGGAAUACAUCAUCGUCUUCGGCUUCCUGCAAGGCUUCAAGUACAUCUUCACCCAAACCUACGGCAUCUCCAAAGGCCUGACGGGCACCAUCUUCGUCGCCAUCGGCACGGGCACCACGCUCUGGACCCUCGCCAUCCCCUACUACUACCACUUGUACAAGCGCAAAGUGCAGCGCCUGCACACGCAAGUCACCGGCGCGAGCAGUGCCGACGACUACCGGCUGUGGCAAGCUAUUCUCGCCGGCCCCGCGCUACCCAUCAGUCUCUGGUGGCUCGGUUGGACGAAUUACAGCUCCAUCUCGCCGUGGUCUGACAUUUGCGCGCUCGUGCUGCUCGGCUUCUCCUGGGCGGGCAUUUACGUCACGGUGUAUCAGUAUCUCCUCGACACGUACGGCAUCUACGCCGGGUCGGCGCUGGCUAUCGUCACUUGCUGGCGCUACCUUGCUUCUGGCGCGUCAAAUCUGUACAGUGGGCCGAUGUACAAGGGGAUCGGCGUGCAUUAUUCCGCUACAUGGCUGGCGAUUCUCGCUACGCUCCAGGCGCCGCUGCCGUUUAUUUUCUACAAGUAUGGCCCGGCGCUGCGGAAGAGGAGUGCGUUUGCGGGGAUGUAUGCUCGGCCGGAGAAUCCGCGGGAGCGGACUGGGCAUGCGUUGCAGUUCAAGUAG